AACAUCCGCUACCGCUUCGUCAAUGAGCGGGCUGCUCAUGCCAUCUUUGAGAUCGACCCCCGCUCUGGCCUCAUCACCACCAGCGGGCCGGUGGACAGGGAGAAGAUGGAGAGGUACUCCUUGGUGGUGGAGGCGAACGACCAGGGGAGGGAGCCGGGGCCCCGCUCCGCCACGGUCCAGGUCUAUAUCACGGUCCUCGACGAGAACGACAACACCCCUCAGUUCAGCGAGAAGCGCUACAUCGUCCAGGUGAGGGAGGACAUACGGCCCCACACCGAGAUCCUGCGUGUCACUGCCACGGACCUGGACAAGGACAACAAUGCGCUGGUCCACUACAACAUCAUCAGUGGCAACAGCCGGGGUCAGUUCUCCAUCGACAGUGUCACUGGGGAGAUACAGGUGGUGGCUCCGCUCGACUUUGAGGUGGAGCGGGAGUACGCCCUGAGGAUCCGGGCUCAGGAUGCGGGGCGCCCUCCCCUCUCCAACAACACCGGCAUGGUCAGCAUCCAGGUAGUGGACAUCAAUGACCAUGCCCCCAUUUUUGUCAGCACCCCUUUCCAAAUCUCUGUCCUGGAGAAUGCUCCCCUCGGACACUCUGUUAUCCACAUCCAGGCCGUGGAUGCGGACUACGGCGAGAACUCGCGCCUGGAGUACAAGCUGACAGGGGUCUCGGCUGACACACCCUUCGUGGUGAACAGUGCCACGGGGUGGAUCACGGUCAGCGGACCCUUAGACCGGGAGUCGGUCGAGCACUAUUUUUUUGGGGUAGAGGCUCGGGACCACGGCUCUCCAUCUUUAUCUGCCUCCGCCAGCGUCACCAUUACUGUCAUGGAUGUCAAUGACAACCGCCCCGAGUUCACUCAGAAGGAGUACUUCAUCCGCCUGAACGAGGACGCAGCUGUGGGGACCAGUGUCCUCAGCGUCACAGCAAUCGACCGGGAUGUGAAUAGUGCCAUCACCUACCAGAUCACAGGAGGCAACACACGGAACCGCUUCUCCAUCAGCACGCAAGGCGGGAUGGGGCUCAUCACUCUGUCUCUGCCGCUGGACUACAAGCAGGAGAGGCGCUACGUGCUCACCGUGACGGCCUCCGAUCGCACCCUGCGUGACAACUGCCACAUUCACAUCAACAUCACCGAUGCCAACACGCACCGGCCUGUGUUCCAGAGCGCCCACUACUCUGUGAGUAUCAAUGAGGACCGGCCCGUGGGCAGCACCGUGGUGGUGAUUAGCGCCACGGACGAUGACGUGGGGGAAAACGCCCGCAUCACUUACUACCUAGAAGACAAUGUCCCUCAGUUUCGCAUCGAUCCAGACUCUGGGGCCAUCACUCUCCAGGCAGAACUGGACUAUGAGGACCAGGUCACGUACACGUUGGCUAUCACUGCCAAGGACAACGGGAUCCCCCAGAAAGCAGACACCACCUAUGUUGAAAUCAUGGUGAAUGACGUUAAUGACAACGCCCCCCAGUUCGUCAGCCCUCAUUACCAAGGCAUGAUCUCUGAGGAUGCACCUCCUUUCACCAGCGUGCUCCAGAUCUCUGCCACCGACCGGGAUGCCCACACCAACGGGCGAGUGCAGUACACCUUCCAGAACGGGGAGGAUGGAGAUGGAGACUUCACCAUAGAGCCCACCUCGGGGAUUAUUCGCACUGUCCGCAAGCUGGACCGUGAGAAUGUUCCUGUCUACGAGCUGACUGCGUAUGCUGUGGACAGGGGCAUCCCUCCUCAGCGAACUCCUGUCCAUAUCCAGGUUGCCAUUCAGGAUGUGAAUGACAACGCCCCUGUCUUUCCUAGGUUGGUAAAGGAGAACAGCAUUGUAGGCUCUGUCGUAGCCCAAAUCACGGCCAUUGACCCAGAUGAGGGACCCAAUGCCCAGAUCAUGUACCAAAUUGUGGAAGGCAACAUCCCUGAGAUAUUCCAGAUGGACAUCUUUUCUGGGGAGCUCACAGCCUUGAUAGACCUGGAUUAUGAGACAAAACCUGAGUACGUGAUUGUAGUGCAGGCCACCUCUGCCCCUCUGGUCAGCAGAGCUACAGUCCACAUCAAACUCAUUGACCAGAAUGACAACAGCCCUGUUCUCAAGAACUUCCAGAUCCUGUUCAAUAACUAUGUGUCCAAUAAGUCCAACACCUUCCCCUCGGGCGUCAUAGGGAAGGUCCCAGCUUAUGACCCAGAUGUGUCCGACCGCCUCUUCUACACCUUUGAGCGGGGAAAUGAACUGCACUUGUUGAUUGUAAAUCAAUCGAGCGGGGAGCUGAGGCUGAGCCGUAAGCUGGACAACAACCGUCCGCUUGUGGCCUCCAUGCUGGUGACUGUCACAG